AUGGAUGGCGUAUCCCAGCAUGAGGACAUAUGGUUAGCACCAACGGGCUCCGUUUGUCGAUAUAUCGGGCCCGAUCCUAUGAAAUCUAGCAGCUCGCAGUGGGAUCUGUCACUUCGUGACUACGGUAACCUCGAUUUUUCAGCAGGGACAAGUCCGCUAUAUCCAAAAGAAUGGAAAGUAGCUGUUUAUAGGCACCUCCAAGGUUUUGGCCUUUGCCUGGACGAACCAGGAAUAGAAAUAUGGAUUGAAGUCGAAGCGCAUAGGCCGCUAGAGCCUCAAUGGGCUGGGUCUGGGGCCGAGAAUCAAAGUUCGGUUGCAUAUAAAAGAUUCCUUUGGCCUGCUCGUUUAUGUUUUCGACGAUCUGCGCAACGUCCUCUUGCCCAUGUUAGAGGAGCUGAACUUGUCGAUCCCACAACCUUAGAUCCUCUGAAAUUUGCAGAAAAAUGGUUCAAAGAGAUGGACUCAGGCGAAUCGCCUCAAGUUUUGAUGACAGCGCUUGAAACCCAGGAACCCGAGGAUUUGCAGCCUAGGCUUGCGGUGGUACCAGAAAAGAUCAACAGCCCAGAAACCUUUGCCAGUCUGGCUCACAAAAUAACUUUCAAUGAGCGCUCCGCGAGUGCUGUUUAUCCCACUCCCCCUGGUGGCGUUACAGGAGCCGGAUUUACCCCUGUUCCCUCUGUUGAUAAGCUUCCAGCAUUUAGCGCCGUUGGAUUAAACAAUCUUGUGCAAGACAAACCCGGGCCAGUUAGUGCCGGCUUGUCACAAACUGGGUAUCGGGCGACCCCAACUUCAUUGCCUGCUGUUGACGCGACAGCGCCUGCAUUGGAAAUUGGGUCCGGUAUGUACGAUACCACUGUAGACGACAAUCCGUUUGAUGAAAUGGAUGAUAAUCUCGAGGCGAAGGAAGUUACCGAAGCUGAUUUUAAUUUUUUUGAUGAACCGGAUUUUACAAAUUUUCCGGGCGAAGGAAUGGAAAUGUCGUUGCAAAAUACUAACGAUCUGUUCGAAGACCCCCCUGAGGCUCUCCAAGCUGAAACCCUUCAGCCUGUUGACAAUGCCGUUGGGCUCCCACCUCUCUCAGCCGAGGAGCAGGAAGGGGGUUAUAACACAGAAUCCGGCGAGCAAUCUCUAGUUUCGCCUCCCGCCAAGGUCAUUAUACAAGAAAAUUUAGGUGAACUGAACGACGGUAGCUCCUAUGAGCCAGUGAUUCCACACAGGCCUCUUAGCCCCAUGAAUAUACGCGAUAUUCUAUCUACGAGCUGCCUUAGUAGCCUUUCCCCAAACCCGUCAAGCCCCAGCGGUCGCACAACGAAAGGCAAAAGCAGAACGGGUUACGAACCGAUUUUAUUUAGAGAGAAUUUGAAUUUCUCUGAUGGAAAGUAUAGGUUGGACGGAAAAUUUUGGUUUUUGCCUGAAGUCAAGAGCCCCAAGCCUAGCGAUCGAGCGGCAAUGAAUUUAUCUGAUAUACCGACAGUUGGCAUUCCACAAUGGCCGAACAAAGAACAGCGUCAUCUUUCUUGGGAAAGUACAGCUGGGAAUCGGUCGGAGGGCGAUGUGCAGUCCAGUUCAAUUUCCUCCAAUCAAUCUUGUGAUGAUGACAGUGAACCCGGCAAUAUAUCCCCAGAUCGUUGUGAUACUGGCCUACGUUUAUUUCUAGGUACGAAGGAUAACAGUCAGCUUUUUAAAGAUAAAGAUUUUACACCGUCACCCAUGGAGCUGUCGACUGUCAACACGGAAAUCUCCAAUAUGGGUAUGGACGUAACUGUGUCAGCAUUUUUGCGAACGUUGCUAUUUGCUUCGACAGACUGGUCUUUGGACGGCUACUUUACAUUGGCUGCUGCAUACUACCCUGUCCUUCCCCAGAAAGGGGAUUUGGUCCAAGUCGCACAGCUCGUGGUGGAUCAAUUUACUCAAUCCAGCCUAAAUCACAACCGCUAUGAGUGUUCUAGAAUAAAAAAUGACUACCAGAACAUUUUGUUAUUCUGCUCUACGGAGAAGGACGACUGGCACGGUAAAUUCAGCAGUUUCGAUCUCAAGCGCUAUACAUCAAUCGAUGAUGAAAACUCAAUGCAAGGUUUACGCAAAGACUUUCGAUACGCAACCGUUGGCUCCUUGUCAAAAUUGGAUUCACCCCACAUUAGGAUUCAUCGCGGGAAAUACGAUCUCGAAGUCCUUGCUCCUGCUGUAUUCUUCUGGGAGUCAUUCGGGUUAGAGCCUACACAAGGGCAAAAAGACAUAGUUGCUUUUUGCAUUCACCCAGAGAGCGCAGUGGAAAGCGCGGAUGCCUUUCUUGAUAGGUUUGGUUUACUAUAUUCAAGUGCCAAUUUUGGGCAGCAUUCUCGACCUCGAGGCUCGAAAGGGUUAAUUUCCUGGGGCUUGGACCCGAUUGGGGGUCGAGAAUAUCCUGCGGUAAUGAGAGAUGUUAUAGCUAGCCUACCUCCGGGCGGUGAGACCAUAGUCAUAUACAUUGUCAAUCCAUUUCCUUAUGAAGCUGCAAUCGUGGAUAUCUGCACAGCGUUUCUCUCUCUUUUCCGGAAGUAUAUAUCGAACUUUGACAAACAUACUACUCAACUUAAUGAGAUCGCUUUGCAGAUACUCCCAUUCGAUUUUAUCGCAUCUUUGACGUCAAUUGUGACACCUUCGCAAUUAGAUUAUUUGCGCCUGGCGUUUGAAGUGUAUUCUCGCUGCCCACCAAAAAGCCGAUCCUCCGACAUCCUCAGUUGUGCCCCGCCAUUUACUUUGGCCAAAUCAAUCCCGAAGAUUGUCCCGUUCAAACUGGCGCUGGAUCCCGGAUCUCCCUUGACAGAAAGGCAUUCCCUUCAUAUCGCAUAUUCUAAAAGUCUUGAUCAGCGUUGGGUUACUACCGCAUGGACGGAUAAUUUGGGACGAGACCAGUUGACUAUGACAUACUGUUUGCGUGAAAAGAAUUCUAAUAUCUCGAGGCCAAUGUCGGAGAUUAGAGCAGAUAUCUGGGACGUGACCCGGCAUAUCAUAGGCAAAUCUCACGCCUACUGGCGUGUUAUGGUAGUUACGGAUGAGCCAGUAGAACUGAACGAAACAGAAGCCUGGAUAUCGCUAGCACAGCACCAUAACCAAACAAACGCCACAAAAAUAGAGCUAACACUCCUCAGCGUCAAUGUCAAGCCAUGUCUCUAUCUCAAACUCCCUUCGCCACCCCUGCAAAUCAGCACAUAUACGGGACCUACUUCCUCAACACCAGCCUCAACCCCGAACCCUGGUAUUCCCUCUCCUGACCCAUCCGCCGCAGCACCAACUCCUCCUCCAUCAUCCGCAGAACAAGCGCAAACCCCUGUUCCCCAAAGUUUCGACACUCCUGACUCCGAAACCAUUCUCGUCGAUAAAUCCGACGAAACAUGGUCCAUCACACUGUCACAUCGUCUCAAUACAUCCCCCUCUUUGACCAGCUAUCACUCAGCACUCGCUAGUGGAUAUCUCAUUCGUCGCCGCGGCGGGACCAGCAACACAGACGGAAUAGCGUCUCUCUGUGUAAAUGUAGUCUUUACACACGCCCGCAUCCCAACUGAGCUUCUAUUGAAGGAUAUAUUGCGUAUGUACCGCGACCUGGCAGCCUUGGCAAGGACAAAGGGUAUUAUCCAUGCUCAAGGCGAUGAUGUGCUGCCCUGGCACAUUUCUACCGUAGUGAGAGGGAGAGAGUUUUUAAGCCUUGUUUUAUAA